AUUCACAUGCGCAAAGAUUGUCAACAAAGCCGCAGGAAAAUGUCAACUGCAGAUGAUCGCCGAAGGGAAGGCAGAUGAACGAAAGAUUUGCUCUACUGAGGUGAGGUAUAAGGUGUAUGUGAUGGACUCUAAGGCCGCAUUGUGAUGUCAAAGGUUAACUGUGGGUGAGAAGAUGACAGAUAAUAGCCAGGUCAAGCGGGUCCGAGCUCUGCACACCUUUAAGGGUACCAACAAUGAUGAGCUCUGCUUCAACAAGGGUGAUACGGUUACGGUGACACAGUGUAUAGAGGGGGGAUGGUGGGAAGGCACGCUCAACGGCAAGACGGGAUGGUUCCCCAGCAACUAUGUGAAGGAGAUCAAAGAAGAGUCCCCUGGGGGACCAAAAAGUCCAGGAAGGCCCACUGAAUUGGCUGUGCUCAAGCGGAAGAGUAUGCAAAAAUACCAUAAUGUGGUUUUACAAAGUGUGAUAGAGACAGAAGGAACUCAUGUCAACGAAAUGAAAACUUUGUUACAAAAAUAUAUACGGCCAAUCAAAGCCUCUGGAGUACUUGAUCCAUCUGAGUUUAAUCAGCUGGUCGGAAAUUUGGAAGACAUAGUGACUUUCCAAGGAAGCUUCCUGAUGUCUUUGAAGGAAUGCCACGGGUCCCCUCAUCAUCAGCGACGAGUGGGGGAGGUGUUCAUGAGACACGCACCACGCCUUAAAGAGCUGUAUGAGGAAUACUGUGCUAACCACCCCAGGGCUGUGGCUGUGCUCCAGAGGAAAUGUGAGGAACUCAACAGUGCUAUGGAAAAUUUGGGGGCCCCUGCCCCAGGGUCUAUGACUUUGACAACAAGUUUGUCCAGACCCCUCACACGCCUGGAAAAGUACCCCAGCUUACUGAAGGAGCUAGAGAGACACAUAGAGGAGAGUCACAUUGACAGGGGGGACACACAACGAGCUAUCACUAUCUACAGGCAAAUUGCUAAUUCCUGUGUUGAAAUAAGAAAACUGAAAGAAAUGGAAUAUGAGAUAAUAAAUAGUCCUAUAAUAAACUGGGAGGGAGAAGAGAUCUCCACACUUGGGGAGGUUGUACAUAUAUCCAAAGUCAAAGUGCUGACCCAGAUGGGGGAGAAGUUUGAGAGAAUCCUCGUCUUGUUCCCUAACCUGCUGGUCAUGUUAUCUAUAAGUCCUCGGCUUAGUGGCUACCAUUAUGAGGGUAAAAUCCCACUGAGUGGAAUGACUGUGUCAGCGUGUGAAGACACAGAGGCAUUUCCACAUUCUCUGGAGAUUUCAGGUGAUCAGGUGGACAAAAUGACAGUGACCUGUGGUACCCAGAAGGAAGCCACUGAUUGGCUGGAAAUAUUGAAGGAAUCCAUAACGCGCUUGCAUACAAUGUUGUCCCCAAAACCUGAAAACUUACAGAUAACUUCAUGUCAGCCCAGUAUAAGCCAGGUGAUGCCAGCCCCUAGCCAGACAGCCAAAGUGAUUGGACAAGUGCCCCCUCCCCCGUCUUCCCACCCACCACCUCCCACCCACCAGACACCCCACACCCACACGUCCCACCCAACCCUCUCCCCACACCCUGCCCCUCAUAACACCCACAUCUCCCACACGCUGCCAGCGUCAUUUCACCAUAAGAUCUUCAACACAUGGAGCAUGUCCUGCCUAAGACCCGCCCCUCCCCUCAGGCCCACAGUGAACAGAGACGACCUGCACCGCAAGAACUGCAACAUGCGGCGUAAAAUGGAUGACCCCCGAACAUUUGAAGAGGAUGCUGCCAUACUGGGUGUGAUAGAGGCAUACUGUAACAGUGCCAAAACGAGGCAUACAGUGGGAUCAUUGGAUCUGACCAAGUUGAGGCUGAAUGACUCGGCAGAUUCUGACGGCGGGUCUUUGACGGAUCCACUCAUUUCCCCGGACCAGGAAGACUACGCUCUCGUGCGCGGACAAGUCAUGAGGGGAUUCUGCUGCGCAAGCUUCCCAUUGGCCAAAGGAUUAGCCAGAACUAUCAAGAGACUCUAGGCCAAUCAGUGCUCAGAACACAGGUGUCCCAUCCCCACCCCAAAGACGUCAUCUGUCCUUUCUCAUCAUUGGCUGAUUACCUCACAGACUUUAAAAGUCCCAGAUUGUCUGAUUGGCUAUUGGAAGCUUUCAAUCAGCAAAUACAGCUGCAGAGAAUCACUGGUUUCUUCAAUGUCAUGACUGUAUGUAAAUGUACAUGAAAGAAUUUGAACUGGACUGGCUUCUGAUCUCAUUGGCUCAAACUGUGUGAGAGACAAAUUCUGACUUUAUUUUAUGGUAAAUUGGCCGUAUUACUCUUAAUUUACCACUGCGCAUCACCGUUUUGUGUUAUCCUUUGGCAGUUUCGUGAGGAUAUCUUUUGGAUUACUGAAAUCAGACCCAUGUAUUCCUGUGAGAAGACUGUGUGCGUUAAAAUACGCACGUUUUGCUGUCGAAAGCGGAUCGUGUCGCAUGUGCCAGAGACACAACACUCUGACUUCAGUAAUACUCCUACCACCCACAUGUACUGCAUGCUAGUUUUACAUACACAUACUUUAUAUUGCGAGUGGGUUUCAGUUCUGAUAUAACCUAGGCUAGUGACAUACUCGCAUAUUAUGGGCAUAACCACGCACAUGUGGAAAACACAGGAAACAACUUUCUCCUACCACAAAUGUAUAAAGCGGGUUUAGAGCACUUCGCCUUUGCUCAAGUAUUACCUGACCAGACAGUACUUUUAAUUUUCUUCUCAUUUACCUGUUAUCAAAUUAUUUAUUUUAUUUGUUUCUUCUUCAGUACAAUAGCCCCCAUGUCAUGUUGGAUUCCUUUCCGUCUCUGAAUUGUUUGGUGUAAAUAAUUGUUAUUGUUUGUGUUAAGUGCUGUUAUUUUUUUCUUUUUUGUAUAUUAUUAUUAUUUUUUGGCCAUUUCAAUUGAUUAAAAUUAAAUUAUUCUCCACUGACUGGAUUUGGAACCCUGCGCGCCUCCUCAUCAUGUCUUAAAAGUGCAAUAUGGUAAAGCUAGUCAUCUUGGUGUUGAGAACGUGUAACUUUGCAAGUUGCAUGGCUGACAAUUGGACAAAUUAAAUACAUUAGGUUCAUCAUUUCUGAUCAAACAAGGGCUAACGUCAUUGAUUCUGACUUAUAAUAUACAGGUGAGAAUUUAAGUACUGGGUCCGCAUUAUAGGUUCCAGCUGAUUUCCUUGUUAAGGUGGCGAUCCUAAGCUUUCUUUUCACAUGGGUCUGUACACAUAUGCACGCCUCUCCCUGGUUACAACGCUGUUGUUGAGUACACAUCUGUCUAUCGUGGGACAAGUGAAGCAUAGUGUAUGAAGCUUGGGGGUCUCUGUCGACUAGUGAUGAGCCUGCUAGUGCAGCAUGAUGACCCAGGGGCCUCUCACCAAUACAGUCACUGUGAGUUCACGUCCACCUCAUGCUGGCAUCCUCUCCGGCAGAGGGUCAUGAUUUUUCUCGAGGGCUUUGCUCAGUUUCCUCCCACCAUAAUGCUGAUCAUCAUCGUAUUAGUUAAAUAUUCAUAAUUACAGUGUAAAACACCAUGCAAAUAAAUAAAGAAAAAAACAGAAAGAGACACAGCAUUAAGCCAAAUCAGCAUGAUAUAAUAGUUUUCAGAUAAUAAUCACAUGAUAACUAUAAAGCUUCUGAGUACAAAGAAUUAACAAAAUCGGAAGGUUUUCCGGGCAGAAACUUUUGAAAGUUUGUGCAGAUGUGUGCUGCAACAAGUUUUUGAAAAAUUUUGAGGACACAUGUGUAACCAUGAUGUAUUAAAUGACAUGCUGUAAUGAGGGAAAGGUGUACCGGUAUAUUAUUUUGACUCCAUGGUGCAUACAUUUGCCACUGAGGAAAAGCAUUAGGACCAUAUUUGACAGGUGUAAUUGUCAUUGUGUUGUAACGUUUAAUGAGUAGAAUUAUUUUUAUCUUGUCUGACAGUCACGUGACAAAUUGAUUAAUUGGUGUACAUCCCACAGAAAUAUUGCAAAGGCAGAAGGUGGUUUCAGACACAGCUGCGAAGCACCUAACCUUACUGCUUCUGCGAUUAUCAGCUUGCAGCUAGCAAAUUCUACCCAAUUAAGUUGAACUCCCUCCUUUUUGGACUUGUUAUGGUCAGUCUUCUGUGUGAAUAAAUUUUUUACGUAGGAUAAUAUGUAGUCCUUUGUAUAAAAGUAUUAAGUCAUAGAAUUGAUCGUAAGAGUGCAUUUAUAGUAUACCUGGCAUUGGCAUGGUUUUUUUAUUAUGCCCCAUUUUAAAUCUUGUUUGUAUUGGUAUAUAAAGUUAUUUGUAUUUACCUAUGUGUAUAUAUUUUUUUUAUUGAUUUUUUUUAUUUUUACAAGUAGACUCUAUAUUAUUUUGUUUUUAGAGUGCUGUAUGCAUUUGAAUAUGUUCUUGUAGUUUUAGUCUCAAAGUUGUGCAAUACAUGUAUCUUAACAUGUAUCUUUUAUACUUUACAUUUAUACCAAUAUCGUAAACCUGUUUCAGAAAAAAAACAACUGAAAAUUGCACUUUGCUAUGCAUUUUUUAUGCUUCUUUAUAGUAGAUGUGUGACUUAUUAUCUCCCUUGCCUUUGGAGCUCUUCAGUUUCUGUGCUGAGAUGUGUUGCUGUUUGUUGUAAUGGCUUCAUCCUACAGUGAUCGGCCUUCCCCUUUCUUUUAUGUUCUAGUCCUCACAUGAAACCUGACAAAAUGUAAACAUUGCAAUCCCACGAGUUCUUAUCAUUCAGCAGAGAAUUGUUCUGAAAUUGUUCUUACUCUGAACCACUGUAAAUCUUCAACCUUUUCAACGUCGAAAGCAGUUUUUUUUCCCGUGAAAUUUAUGCGUACAAUUAUCGUGGAAAUAAGGCUGAAAUGAUUUGUUUGUUUCACUUAAGAUACCAGCUUCAUAAAACUGUGCAAAUUAUGUCUCUACAUCCAAUAGUCCUCUGAAAAGGUUUUCAAAUGUUGGUUGCACGGGCAGUUGAAAAGGUUGAAUAAUUACGGUACUCUGUACAUGUAGUCCAACAAUCUUGCGUCAUGAAUUGUGUAUAAAUGUACCAUGCCGAUACAAACCAGGAAAUAAUGGUAAAUAUCCCGUGCAGGAUAUGAAGGUGAAAUUUUCAGUCUUUAACCGAACAGUUGGUCGUUGUCAGAAUUCUAACAGGCGCAGCAUAUUUUCUCUGUACAGCUGCUGAUUUCCUUGCGUGAUAUAUGACAGCAUCAUCAGACUUACAUCAUAGAAACUUCCACUACCGGUACGUCCCAAAAGUGUUGUGGAUUAUUGAUUGGACCUGCCUAUACAUAAACAGAAGAAACACAUCUUUUCCACAUAAUUCUGAAGGUGUUACUGGCUUGUAUUUUCCAAAAUUGUUGCAUACUCAAUCAGACAGGCAGCUCUAUGGCACCAGUGGCAAAAAUAAAGUAUUUGCAAUGUGAAGUUAGUUGGGCAGUAACAUUUCCCAUCAUGAUUGCCAACAUACAGCAUAAUAAUACUGUAGUUUACAUAAAAUUUGGCUUUUUUUUUCUCAAGGGACACAUUUUGCUUAAUUCUGAAUAAUUUAUCUGCAUUAUAGGGAUAUAUAUGUUAUUGACCAUAGAUGUAUGACUGUUAAUUAUAAUGGGGAUUUAAGAUGGUUAAUGGUGUUAAUUUGGGAUGGUCCAAAAUUCUCACCAAACUUAAAAAAUAUUUGUAGUUUUAGGAAGUACUGCAACAGCUAUACAUACCAUAUAUAGCUGAUCACUUUUGUACAAAGUACAGGUAUGAUGCCAGAGCAUGACCUAGAAUAAAAUUUUGGGCACUCCUACAAGAAUUUCUGUUACCCCUUGAUGAGUAGAAGAGAUAGUUCCACAGUUGUCGGUUCUCUCUUUUUUAAUAAAACAACUGUGACAUACAUAAUCCCACGAAGCCUUACUGGAACGAUUUCAGACAAACAGACCAAUUAUUUUUGAUUUAUUUUUUCUUUAUCUUGUGAUUUUAAUUAUCUGACCUUGUUAAGGCGACCAAAAAUAGUGAUGCCCAAACCUUAUUCAUAUUGAUAAGCCUAGAUCAGACCCAGGGUGUCUCCAUAACACAUAUACGCAGGAACAUGCUGGCAACAGUUUUGAAAUUAAUCUAUGUUAAUGAAGAUUAGCCACAGCCAUGACUAUUCACUGUUUUAUUUUACAAUUCUGAGUGUCUGUAUCUUUAUAGUAUGUACAGAUUGUGUAUAUUUAUUUGUUACAUCUCAUGUCUUAAUUUAAAUAACUCUGAUCUUAAUAAACAAUGAAUUCACAUUGAACCCCCCCUGUAGUUUUGGUUCUUGUGAUGUCGUCUUGGGUUACAAGAACAUCAGUUUUAUUUCAUGUCUGCUCAUUGUUUUUACAGACCAUAUCAACUAGCAUAAACUUGGUGGUCUAGUGCAAUUUCAGACCUGUUUUAUUGAUACACAUUUUAAACUAACAAAUGUCCUUUUUUUUAAUAGGACAAGGACUUGGUUCCCCUGGCAAUGAUUUUGCAUAUCUGUUAUUACUUUCCCUAGCUCCAGUGAUAAAGAUUGGUGUAAGACCUGGUUUUGUGGCAGUUUGUGUAAAUACAAAUAUUAUAUUAUGCUUUCUUGAUAAGACACUGGGUGCCUGCUAAGUGAAGGCACAGAAUGGCUGAAAGCUCCUUAAAGAACCACUGUAGCAUUCCACUGAUGCUGCGGUGCUUUUUUUUGCCAGUGGUUUUGAUUGUAGAAAGUGACAUUUGAGCGCUCAUUGUAUCCACAGAACACAACAAUAAUUUUAGACCAUCAGCUGAUGAACAGCCACCCUACUUUUUCAAACUUUCACAUGUUCACCUGGUUUUGAUUUUAGUAUACUUUUGGGGCAUUUCUCUUCCUGUACUGAAUAAAAUCAUAUUGGAGCAUGGUGCUGAAGCCUAUACGUGUAGCUUCAGUUUAGAUUAGUUUAUACCAAACUUAAAUCAUUGCCAUAAUCAAACCAUUUAGGUGAAUAAAUUGCAUUCAACAUGCAAUAAGGUGGAAGAAAUUGAGUGGCAGAAUCAGAUUGUGGUGUGCUAGAAUCUGGUCAGAGUGUGCUAAUAGUGUGCUAAUAGUGUGCUAUUGAUCUGCUCAUGAGAAGCUUUAAGCUGCACGAAGGUACUGAAAAUGAAGGCUUUUAAGUCUUGUGAAAGCAGAUACCUUCAUUUAAAGUGAAAGAUCUGGAUUAAUGUAUGAUUCAGAUUUCUAAUUUUUCAGGUAACAAGAAACUCAUUACAGGUUUGUCUUGAACAGUCUUUAUUUUCAAUAAUGAUUUUAUAAUAUUUAAUUUUGGUAGAUAAUAUACAUGUAAAGGAAAAAAAGUUGCAGUCAACAAAUAAUGUGAGAGGUUAUUUUCUGCAUCAUUUGUAGCCGUUUCAGUUGUUUGGUAUUUAUUUUAAGUACAGAGAUAAUUGUGAAGUAUUGUAACAAGGAAUGUAUACUCUCUUGUAAAUAUUAUGAAGUACAAGUAUUGUGAAAACUUUGCUAAAACAUGUAUCUGAUUGGUUAUGAAUCAAAUUUUACAGACGAGGGUAUCCAGGUACCAUUUGACUGAAGUCUAACAUUUAGCACAAUGCAUGUAUUUACAACACUGCAGAACCAGAUGUGAGGCAUAUGGCUUCAAAUGUCAAGCAGAACCAGAUGUAUGGCAUAUGGCUUCAAAUGUCAUGCAGAACCAGAUGUAAGGCAUAUGGCUUCAAGUGUCAAGCAGAACCAGAUGUAAGGCAUAUGAAUAGCAUAUAAGGCUUCAAAUGUCAAGCACUGGUCAAAAUAUUCAUUCAGGCUUGAUUAGCAUACUGUUUCACUGUGUAUAAAUAUACUUUUAUAAUUGUCAACAGGAGAGAUUUCAUUUCAGAGUAUUGCACCUUGGUCAUGUUGGUAUGUGAGACUGAUUUUUUUUUGGUGUGUGAACAUUAUAUAUCCUUUGAUUUCUGAUGUAGAUAGGAUUGUGCCUUUUAUUUUGCACCCUGCUAAAAGCUCUUUUUGUUGUCUUUUUUGUUUUCUUUGCUGGUACGAAAAGAAACACAUAUCUAUACCACUAACAGCAUGAGAAUGGAGUUUUUGUUGGUGUUUUUGUUUUGAUUUUUUUUUUCUUUUUAUAGAACUGUAUACACUGUAGUUGGGGUUUCAUUCCUGCAUCUGUUUGUGAACACGUGAUUUUUCAUACAUCAUGCGUUUGUAUGAUGUAAAUAAAUACACCAGUCACUUUUGAAGAUAUGUGUCAGAGAUACAGCUCUGUAUGCAGACAAAAUGUCCCCUGUUGGAAUGGCCAUUACGGUUCAACUAUAACCUUAUUUUCACUUGUUUCACAGCGUGCCUCACUUUCACUGAGUUCUUCACAGCGUGCCUCAUUUUCACUGGGUUCUCUACAUUGUGCCUUAUUUUUACUGGGUUCUCCACAUUGUGCCUCAUUUUCACUGGGUUCUCCACAUUGUGCCUUAUUUUCACUCAGUUCACAUUGUGCCUUAUUUUCACUUGGUUCUCCACAUUGUGCCUUAUUUUCACUUGGUUCUCCACAUUGUUCCUUAUUUUCACUCGGUUCACAUUGUGCCUUAUUUUCACUCAGUUCACAUU